CGUGCUUUGUAAUUAACACAUUACAUAUCGUCACACGCAUUCACAAUGAACUGUGACGUUUUCCCUCAUGCUUUUGUCAACUUUGUGAGCUCCCUCUAGUGGGCGUGAGACAGAUGUGCAGCUAGUAUCAUUAUUAUCAGGAUAGUAUUUACACACACACGCUCACACAUUGACUUGCCAGGGAUGGAGAGCAUCCACACGCACGGCAUAUGGGUGGCGGAAAGUCUCCAGCAGGAGACGAGAAGCUUGGAGAAUCUGUGGCUGGUCAUCACCCACGUCGGAGACCCCAAGGCGGCUUUUCUGCUGCUCUUCCCCUUCGCUUAUUUCGCAAGCAGGCGAGCCGGCGUGGCGGUGCUGUGGGUGGGCGCCCUAGCAGAGUGGCUCAACCUGAUGCUUAAAUGGGUGCUGUUUGGCGAAAGGCCGUACUGGUGGAUCGGCGAAUCCCUUGUCUUUCACGGCAAGCAACCCAAAGUUCAGCAGUUCUCCACUACAUGUGAAAACGGACCAGGUAGUCCAUCAGGACACGCCAUGGUUACUGCAGCAGUGUGGUGGGUGGUGACGUCCUCCCUGGCCUCCUUCCUGCACACACGUACCCGCAGCACACUCCUGUCCUCCGCUCCCUUCCUGCUCUACGCUGUCUUGCUGCUCGUGGUUGGCAUCUCCAGGGUGUUUAUUCUGGCCCACUUCCCACACCAGGUCGUUUGUGGUUCCAUUGCAGGUCUACUGGUUGGGAUCAUUCUGAACCGCAGGGUCCCAAAAGGCCGCCCCCUGUCGUUCUUCUUCACUCUCAGCGUGUCUUUACUGGCCGGUGCUCUGGCGCUCUACUUUGGACUGCAGCAGCUGGGGAUCGACCUCUCCUGGUCUUUGGUUUUGGCCAAGAAGUGGUGCCAUCGCGCCGAGUGGCUCCGCCCCGACGUGGCCCCUUUCUCCUCUCUGACCCGGGACUGCGGGAUCCUGCUGGGUUUGGGCCUGGCGGAGUACUGGAAGCCCGGUGGCUGGCGCUUGCCGUGGGCGCCGCAGGCUUUGUCUCUGGCCCUUUCGUCCAUGGGCUUGUACCACGUCUACCGCCUGCCGCUGCCCGUGCAGCCGCCGGCGCUCUACUACUCGCUGAUCUUCGUCAAGUUCGCCGCGGUGCCUCCCAUCGUGAUGGCACUGGUGCCCGGACUGGUGCACCUUGUGACACGCAAGAAGAGGGACUAGAGUACUUUCACCAUGGGGGACGGCAAUAAUAAUAAUUGUACAGGGUUUUUAUGCUAUAGAUUGAUUUGAUAUGAAUAUAUAUAUAUAUGGCUUUGAGCACCAAUGGUUCUCAACUAAGUGGGUUGCAGACAUUAUUUGUAUGGAUGCAGUAUCAUGUUAUUCCUCAUUUCCUUGACAUUUCCUUCUUAAAUUCCUCUAAAAUGCACUUUGGACAUGUAAUUAUGUCUAUGAAUGUUUCAAAAGAUAUGUCUAUGAAUGUUUCAAAAGGUGAUAGGCAGUAAACAAAUAAAUACAAAUCUGUGAAAAAUAAAAAAGACUUAGUGUAAAAAAAGGUAAAAUGAAUGCAAAUAUAAGUGACAAGUGUAAAAAAGACUUUAGAACAUUUUAAACAAUGACUAAGGAAAGUUAAAAAAAUAAAAAUGACAAACAAAAUGUAAAAAGUAAUAAAUAAAAAUGCCUUCAUUAGAAAAUAAUGCUAAAAGUGUAAAUAUAAAAUUCAAAAUGACUUCAAUAAAAAUAUAAAGUGUAAGAAAAAAACUUAAAUAAAAAUGUUUAAAAAAAAGCAAUUAAAAAUAAUGACUAAUCAAAAUGUUCAAAAUAAACAUACCGUGUUUCAGCAGCUAACCAUUUACAAAUAAUGUUAUUUUCCCCCACACACCAUUUUUACUGUACCGGUUACAAUCAGUUAGUAUGAGAUAAAAACACAUUCUGUUUAACUUUGUUUUUUUAAUAGUUAUUUCUUUUUUCUCACAGCGAUCUGAAAGCUCACAUGUACAGACAAGAGAACUCUGCUCAGCAAGCAAAUACGCCAAGGAAAUAAUAAGAAAAGAAGGACAAAGGGGGAGGAUGAGGGACACACCAGCCUGCUAUACAUGUUGUUUCCGCUUGAGAAGAAUAGAACAUGCAUCAGACUAUUUACAGCCAGCUAACACACACACACACACUUGAACCAUACACCCUUCAAUGUAGAAGAUCAAAGUAAGUAUAAUACACGUUAUACCUUCAUCUUGGUAAAGAUAAGCGGGACAUCUCCGGUACCAGGUGGAACUCCCGUUAAGAUAUUCAUUUGACUUUUAGACGCCGCAAAGUCCAAACAUCAUUAACCUUUAAGCGGCCGCUAUGUACAACUUGUGCUAGAAAGUCUAUACAUCUUCAUCGUCUUAAAAACUUCCUUUUCUCGCCGCUGUUUCCCGCAGUGAUGAGACAUCGCCGCUCGCACGCCCGCUUUCUCCACGGCUCCACGAGUCAUACAAAAAUAAAAAGGUAAAA